AGCGGAUUGAGGUGAUUGGGGCCGUAUUGGCAGGCGUGCGGCGCCGUCCCUGAAAGUUAAGCCUCAUGGGGAAGGUGCGAGCUCGUCCCUAACUGCGUCAUAUCACAACUUGCUGCAACAUUGGACAGCCGAAGACUCAAUAUCGUGUGCUAGGCCAAUAAGCAUCGCCUACGCCUUACAACCGAGCAAUCGAUCCGUCAGUCCUGGGAUGCUCGGCUGCUCUGAACUUUCUCCUUCUUGUCGUGGAUAAGCGUAAGACUCCCGGUGCAGCGAUGCCGUCACACUCGAAAACGUUCAAAUACUGCAACAUGUCCUGCAGUGAGUCCUCAGACCAUUCGGCUGCAUUUUGCGAACGAUCUGUUCUAAGAUGAAGCUUCUCAACCUCUUUAGCGGAGCGCUCUGCGUUUCCUCCGCGCUUGCUUUCAAGAGACCCGAAAAGCCCACUCUUCCCAGAGCUGUGGUCGAGCGAAGUGUUGGCGGCCAGUUCUCGCAUCCCGAGAUUCAGAAGCGAGCAUCGCGUUUUCUGACAGACAAGACUAAGGCAUUUGCUGUCAAUGGCACUGGUAUUCCUGAUGUUCCAUUUGAUAUUGGCGAGUCAUACUCUGGCCUACUUCCAAUCUCAGAUGAUCCCGAUGAGACGCGAAAGCUUUUCUUUUGGUUCUUUCCUUCCACAGCUGAGCAAACCCCAGAACACGUCACCAUUUGGCUGAACGGCGGUCCUGGUUGUUCAAGUCUUUCAGGUUUCUUGACCGAGAAUGGACCUUUCACCUGGGAAGCUGGCACACUGGCUCCUGUUCAAAAUCCUUACAGCUGGACCAAUUUGACCAACAUGCUGUGGGUCGAACAGCCUGUUGGCGUUGGAUAUUCACAGGGUACACCUAAUAUCACCGAUGAGGUUGAGCUGGCCACCGAGUUCCGCGGCUUCUACAAGAGCUUUGUGGAUACAUUCCAAACCAAAAGCUGGAAGACCUACAUCACGGGGGAGUCCUACGCCGGUCGGUACAUCCCGUACAUCGCUCACGGCUUCAUCUCUGCCAACGACGAUGAGUACUUCAAUUUAGCCGGUAUCCAAAUCAACGACCCGAUCAUCGGCGAUGAAACGAUUCAGCAACAAGUCGUUGUCUUGCCUUAUGCCGAGUUCUGGGAAAACCUCUUGUAUCUCAACGAGACUUUCCUGGAAGCGGCUCGCGAGCGUCAAGACGCUUGCAACUACUCCUCCUACCUGGACACGUACUUCAAGUUCCCUCCUCCAAGCGGCCCCUUCCCAGUCUUGAAUGACCCCUACAGCACAGAAACUGGCGCAUGUGACCAGUUCGACAACUUUUACUCGGCGAUUCUUGAGAUUAAUCCUUGCUUCAACAUCUACCACAUUACCGAGACAUGUCCUCAUCCUUACAGCCAACUUGGUAUCGUCAACACCGGUGAUUACUCACCUCCCGGCGCUGUCAUCUACUUCAACCGCACGGACGUCAAGGAGGCCCUACACGCUGAUGUCAACACGAACUGGCUGCAGUGUACUGAUAUCAAUGUCUUUGGCAAUGGCAACGCCAGCAGCGAUGCUUCUGAUGCAUCGCCUCCUCCUGCCAACAAUGGUGUCCUCCAGCGCGUCAUUGAACACACCAACAAUACGAUCAUUGGAUCUGGUGAUCUGGACAUGCUUCUCUCAACCAACGGAACACUAUUCGCUAUCCAGAACAUGACCUGGAACGGCGCACAGGGUUUCUCCGAAUACCCAUCCACCCCUCUCUACGCCCCAUAUCACCCCGAGUAUAACGGCGGCGCGCUGGCUGGCGCUGGCAUCCAGGGUGUCUGGACUUCUGAACGUGGUCUUACCUUUUACACUGCUCGUCUCGCCGGCCACGAAUUGCCUGGAUAUACCCCUGGUGUUGCUUACAGGAUGUUGGAGAUUCUGCUUGGAAAGGUCGACAACUUUAGCAGCACCCAGGGCUUCACCACCCAGAGUGGCAACUACACUGGAAAUACUACUCUCUACAGGUAAGGGUGUAUUUCGCGGAUAGCUUAGCGUGGAAGAAGUGCGCGAGAGUUGAGCGGAUGCAUCGGGUAGACAGUCAACUAUCUUACAUAGACUUUAAAUUCAGUAUGCACCGCGCGAAUAUAGCAACUAUUUCAGAAUCUUGUUGGGGCCGCAGGCGAUCUCCAAUGAUCCGCUCGGAAAUGAUCGUGGCAGGGUUAGAAGCCCAGUAGCCACUUCAAACAUUGUUGAGGCCAGUCCAUAGCAGAGCCGGUGCCGUUGGAUGUGAACCCUCAUGCAUCUGUAAAAUGUGAGAGUGAACAAGAG